GCAUGCGCAAAAUUUGUUUUCUGACUGAUAUCCACCAAAAUGGCGCACAUGUGAAUAGUUGGAAAAGGGUGAUAACAAUUAUUCUUUAUCAUCUCGAUGUCUUAUUUGUGAAUUGAUUAUUACGUAGCAGAUUUGACCACAGGACACAAUCGAAUGAUAUGUCUGAAUCGUUUGGGGGUUUGCAGUUAAAGAAAUCAUAAUAUGACAAAGUUUUGAUAGAGUGGCAAACAAAGCUGAAAGUACAUUGCAUUGUCAGAAUGACAAGCAAAACUUAUAAAACUUACAGUAAGUAUAGCAGUAAAGACUCUGCUGCUAGCCGGGCAUUUGAUGAUGUUUUGAAUAACAAAUCUGCUCCCCCAGUUCCAAUUAAAGCAGAAAAAACUAAAUGGGGAGACACAUCUUUCACUCGAGUAAGAAAGGAUGACCCUUUCCAGGUGACAUUUAAUAAAGUGAAAGUGGAAAAUGAGACUGUGGAUGAAUUUUCAUUUGACUUGGAGGAAGAUGAGAGCCUCAAAAAGAAAGUUCCAUCUAAUAACAGCAGUGUUCCAAGUGCUUCUACUGGAUUAGGCAGACCUGCUAUUGCUAAUGUAAGUAAGAAUCCUAAGAAACAGGGUCAUCCAGAGCCUCCUUCAAAUCUCCCAAAACUAGAGAAUGAGGAUAGUGAUUCAAUAAAUAAUGAUGAUGACAUGGAACCAGUGAUGUUCAAAAGACCAGUAAGAACUUAUUCACGUUCUGUUAAGAAAGAAAAAGCACCAGAGGAACUGCCAGAGCAGGUUCAAGAGGAGGAAUCCUGUGAAGGUGCAGAUGCUCAAGAGGAAGCUGAAGAUUCCUCUGUUCCAUUUUCACAGAAGACGGAUGUGUUCUCUGACAAAAAUGAUGAAGAAGGAAAUUCAUCAUAUUUAAAAAGCAGAAAUAAAUCACAAAAGAUAACUUCUAGAACUCAUAUUCUACAGUCUGAAGAUGAAGAAAGUAGUGGGGCCACUGUUUUGAAUUUCCGCAGUCGUUACAUGGAUCCUGCAGUGUAUGGCAAUUUUGAGUAUACACCACAUGGAGAUGACCCUGUUGGAAGGAUGAAUAAUAGCAAAGUUCUUCAGCAGAGCGAGAUUAAACAUGGAAAAGGGUCAACAUUGAUUGUUAUUUGCUCUCCAAAACCACCAGCUCAAGGAUCAUCAAAACUUCACCCAGUCAGGACCUACAAAGUUAGAGAUCCAAAUGAGAAAGUUUCAGAUGAUGGGGAAGAAAAAUCUGAAAAGGAGCUGUAUCAAGCCAUCCCAGCAAAACCAAUCAUCAUCAGAAACAGAAGGCGGCCUCUGAAGAGGAAAGCAGAAGACACACCUAAAGCUUCUGUCCCUCCAAUAGAGACCCUUAUCAACCUUAAACAAGAACCAAAGUACACCCCAGCACCUCUAAAAGAUUCAAACAAAACAAAAGAUGGAAAACCCAGGAAGAAUAAAAUCUUCAAAUCCAGAAACAAGGUAGAAAUUGAGGAGGAGGAAGAGGAGGAAAAAGAGACAAGUGUCACAAUAGAGGACACAGAUACCAGUGAAGAAGCUCCACUACUACAGCAAGAGGAGGUGGAGGAUACUCUUGCAUUUCAAGAAGAAUCUGUCAGCACUGAGGACAAGGAUAAUGCUUUUGGCUUUGGUGAAAUGGAUGUUGAUGAGACUCCUGAGAGUACACAGGAAAUUUUGGAUACUGAAACUUUUGAAGAAAUCCCAGUAAAACUCAAACGAGUGGAUGAACUCCAGCAGGAAGAUAAUGGGGACAGUCAGUCAUCAGAGGGGGAACUGGAAAAUUCACAAGAUCUACCAAGUUCUCAAGAAUCUACAGAUGAAUUCAAACAACCAAACAAAGAACGCAAAAUAUUCAAAUCUAAGAAUACUAGGGUAGUACAGAAAAGGGUGUCUCCAAGUCCUAAGAAGUCUCCAGGAAAAGCCAAAUAUAACAUGCGGUCCUGGCAAGAAGAUUUUGAUGAAGAGGAACGGGUAACCUUGAUGAUGCAGAGAAAUAAUAAACAGAAUCCUGGAGGUGAAAAUGGUCCACAGCCAGGUCCUCCCAAACUCACCCGCUUCUCAACCUGGCCCAAGUCGGGCCCAGAAGACAGGAAACUACCCGAGGAACCCCCCAAGCUGACUCGGGCUGUCCACUGGCCAGACAGAGAUGGGGAUGAAGCAUAUACUUCAGUUCACAUCAAUAAAGAGCACAAACAGUUGUACACAGUGGUGAGGAAUGUUAAGGAGGCACAUGAGUGUCAGGAACAUGGAGAGACCCAGGAGUUUGCUGAUGAUGUGGAGUACUUGUUGUCUGGGAUACAGGAAGGAGAGCCUAUGUCCACCAGGUGUCUGAGUUGUAUUGGUCUGGCCCAAAAGAGUAUCUUACCAGCAUUUAGAAUGCACUUAAGAGCACAUGGAACUGUGGCCAAGAUAUUCGGUCAUCUGAAGGAUGCUGUUUCUGACCCAAGUCUAUCCCUGUGCACUGCCUUGCUGAUGUUUAUGUUGAGUCGAGAUCGAUUGAACAUGGACCUGGAUCGACAAAGCCUGGAUCUGAUGUUGAAGCUGCUGGCUGUGGACUAUCAAGAGGAACAUAGUGUCACUCUGAUGGGCAAGAGGACUUUAAACCGUAACAAAGAUAGGGCCCGGGAGGUGUAUGAACAGUGGAAGGCCGAGGGUGGGGGCACUAACCAGCCAGAAAUAGAAGAUGUCUCAACAGGAAAUCUUGCCAUGGAAUCUCUGCUGAGUCUGACAUCUCGUCGAGCAGGGGAGUGGUUCAAGGAAGAGUUAAGGACCUUGGGUGCUCUUGAUCAUAUUGUGGACACAGUGUGUUCAUGUAUUGAAGCAUUGGGAGAUGACACAACCUUGGUGACAGACAGUAUGGUGGAAAACAUGAAGAAGAUUGACAGGUGUCUGAGGGUGCUAGAAAAUGUGUCCUUUGUGAACACCGAUAAUCAGCUGUAUCUGAUUUCAUACAAGGCUGGCAUUCUGGUGGCCUCUUUAUGCAGAGCACUUAAUCUUUGUGAAAAAUACUUCCCUGUGUACCGAAUUAAUAAUUCUGAUGACAUAGACAAAGAAUCCACAGGCUAUAUUAUCUACAGUCUAGUAUUGGCUGUGUUACGGGUCCUCAUCAACAUCACGCAUGAAAAUGAGUUUGGAUGCACAAAAGUGGGAGACCAGGCAGACUUCAUAAAGACCGCCUUAAUUUGUAUACUGGACACCCCCCACUAUGUCCCAGUGGAUAUGAGAUUUGACAUGCUUGUUCUUAGCUUGGGUUUGCUAAUUAACAUGGUGGAACAUUGUGGUGUUAACAAAAGAAAACUAAUAGAAGCUGAAACCUGCAGAUCUUACGAAGUAACAUCAGAAAAUUUAGCAUCGCAAAUUCCAGCUACCAAGGCACUCUGUGAGGUGUUUUGCACAAGGUUUGAAAUAGCCAAGAACAUGGAAGAACAAGACUUUGGUGAACCUACAACCCCCCAAGCAUCUCCAAACAAAAGUGGGGAGUGGAAGGAAUCUGACUCAGGAAUUGAGUGGGUUAUGUCGUCCGCUACAAAGGACAAGGAUGGAAAAGCAGACGCAAGUGGUAUGGAAGAACCAGAGAAUGACAAAAUAGAUAACCUGGAUGAUGAAGAAACAUUUACUAAAGCUUUACAUCGGGCUGGGAAACACAUGGAGAACAGUGUGAUAGCAUCCUAUGUAGCUCUACUGUUGGGUUGUCUUAUACAGGAUAAUUCUAUUUAUGUCAGUCAAGUCAAGGGACAUUUAAAAUCUGGAAGUUUUGAAGAUCUGAUCACUAUUCUGAAGAAAUUCUUAGGAUUUAUGAAUCUAACGCGAGCAAUUGGAAGUACUGGAGGAAAGUCAAUAGCUCAUGUGAUUGAAGUUCUAGAGGCCUGCUAGCGGGAAAAAGGAAAAGUUUACAGCACAUAUGAAAUCAAAACUCACAGACUGACAUUAUUACAGGACUAUUUAGUCAGCUUACAUUGUGAUUCUGAAAGAAAGGAAUGGAUUUGUAUUUCAUAAUUUUGAAACCAACAGAAUGUAUACAUCACAAUGCAGUUAUUCAAAGAAUUCAAACUUCAAUUGCCCAGAUUGUCAUGACAAUAUAGCAUGUGUUAUAAAUGCAUUUUCAUCUAAUCAUACAUGGAGUUUCUGGCAGUGUUUACCUGGUUGUUCAUAUGGGAAUCAGCUGGUCUGUGUUACAUCUAGACUGGUCUCUUAUUUUUAUAUUGUUUAAUAUUUUGUAUAUUUUCUGAAAGAAAACUUGGAGCAAUAGUUGUUUGUGUAUGUCAAUCUUAUCAUCAUAUUAUUUGUCUGUAGUUUUAGCUGAAAUGUCUGAAUGAUAAGGAAGUUUCACUAGUAAAUUGUAAUGCAUUGUAACAACUGGUCUGUUAGUGAGAUGGGUGCAUUAUUUAACAGAAUAGUUUUAUCUCGUUUCAUUGUAAUGAGUUAUGGUGGAUUUUCACAAUUUACAGUGUAUAAAGAAUGGAAUUGAAAUGUGUAUGUAUAUAUGUGUACAUUGUUGAAUAAAUACAAUUUUUCAAUGCAUACUUGAAA